AUGGGUGAUGGUGGCGAGUACGAGGACGAGGGCGAGGAAGGGUACGCAGAAGGAGGGCAAGGGUACGAUGGGGAAGGCGCCGCGUACGCGGGGGGAGGAGGCGAAGAGGAUCCUGGUGCAGGGUACAUUAAUCAGGAAGGAGAGGAGUUCGGACAAGAAAUGGAAGGAGGGGAGGGGUUUGCGGAAGAGGAGGAAAAUUGGCAAGUGGGAAGAGCGGGAGACGUUUACGCGAUGGGAGCGGGUAUGGAGAAUGGCCCAGAAGGGGAACAAGGGUUUGCGGAGGACGGGGUGGCGGCAUUUGCAGAUGCGGGUGAAGGAUACGAUGGGGAAGAUGGAAAUGCGUACGCAGGGGACGGGGCGCUGAAUCAGGCGGAAUUGGGGGAAGGCUACGCGGGAGAGGGGGGGGGAGGAGUUGCGGGAGAGGAGGCGGAAGGAUUUGCGGGAGAGGGGGGGGAUGGAGUUGCGGGAGAGGAGGGGGAAGAAUAUGCGGGAGAGGGAGGGGAUGGAGGUGCGGGAGAGCACGGGGAAGGAUAUGCGGGCGAGGGGGUGGAUGGAGUUGCGGGAGAGGAGGGUGAAGGAUAUGCGGGCGAGGGGGGGGAUGGAGUUGCGGGAUUUGAGGGGGGAGGAUAUGCGGGAGAGGGAGGGGAUGGAGUUGCGGGAGAGGAGGGUGAAGGAUAUGCGGGCGAGGGGGGGGAUGGAGUUGCGGGAGAGGAGGGUGAAGGAUAUGCGGGCGAGGGGGGGGAUGGAGUUGCGGGAGAGGAGGGUGAAGGAUAUGCGGGCGAGGAAGACCGAUGCGAUGAAGAGAACGGCGCUGCAAGCGACGCCGGAGAAGGUGGCGUACCUAUUCAGCCGCACAGUCAUGGAGCUGAAGAUGAUGACGACAUCGAGCAGAUCAUGUACCCUGGAGCGCAUGCAAUGGCCACACAACAGAGCCAGGCGUCGACAAUGGAUGAGGAUGUUGAGGCGUAG